AUGGGGUGUAAUCAAAGCAAAGGAGUACAUGAACUAAGGGCUAAGAGCUCUAGUUACCUGAAUGAGCAGAAUAAGAGCAAAGAACUAAGUGGUAGUAAUAAUGACGAGCUAGCCUUAAAUCCUGGUAUGUAUGUAAGGAAAAAAGAAGGUAAAAUAGGAGAGUCCUAUUUCAAAGUAAGGAAAUUAGGAAGUGGUGCAUAUGGUGAAGUAUUAUUAUGUAGAGAAAAACAUGGGCAUGGGGAAAAAGCAAUAAAAGUAAUUAAAAAAUCUCAAUUUGAUAAGAUGAGAUAUUCAACUAGUAGAAACAAAAGUUGUGAUAGUGAUGAGAAAAUUAAUGAAGAAAUAUAUAAUGAAAUAUCUUUAUUAAAAUCAUUAGAUCAUCCAAAUAUUAUAAAAUUGUUUGAUGUAUUUGAAGAUAAAAAAUAUUUUUAUUUAGUGACAGAAUUUUAUGAAGGAGGAGAAUUAUUUGAACAAAUUAUUAACAGACAUAAAUUUGAUGAAUGUGAUGCAGCAAAUAUUAUGAAGCAAGUAUUAAGUGGAAUUUGUUAUUUACAUACACAUAAUAUAGUUCAUAGAGAUAUUAAACCAGAAAAUAUUUUAUUAGAAAAUAAAAAUAGCUUAUUAAAUAUUAAAAUUGUUGAUUUUGGUUUAUCUUCUUUUUUUUCAAAAGAUUAUAAAUUAAGAGAUAGAUUAGGAACAGCAUAUUAUAUAGCACCUGAAGUGUUAAGAAAAAAGUAUAAUGAGAAAUGUGAUGUAUGGUCUUGUGGUGUUAUAAUGUACAUACUAUUAUGUGGAUACCCACCUUUUGGUGGUCAAAAUGAUCAAGAUAUAAUUAAAAAAGUAGAAAAGGGGAAAUACUAUUUCGAUUUUAAUGAUUGGAAAAAUAUUAGUGAAGAAGCAAAGGAAUUAAUAAAAUUAAUGCUAACUUAUGACUACAAUAAAAGAAUUACAGCUAAAGAAGCUUUAAAUAGCAAAUGGAUAAAGAAAUAUGCAGAUAAUAUUGACAAGAGUGAUCAGAAAACCUUGUUCGGUGCAUUGUCAAAUAUGAGGAAAUUUGAGGGAAGUCAGAAAUUAGCUCAAGCUGCCAUUUUAUUCAUUGGAAGCAAACUAACUACAUUGGAAGAGAGAAAAGAGCUAACGGACAUUUUCAAAAAGCUAGACAAAAAUGGGGAUGGUCAGCUGGACAAGAAGGAGCUCAUGGAGGGUUACAACAUACUGAGGAAUUUCAAAAACGAAUUGGGUGAGCUAAAAAAUGUAGAAGAAGAGGUGGAUAACAUUUUGAAGGAAGUGGAUUUUGACAAAAAUGGAUUUAUUGAAUACUCAGAAUUUAUUUCCGUAUGUAUGGACAAGCAAAUUUUGUUCAGUGAAGAGAGAUUAAGGGACGCCUUUAAUUUAUUCGAUACGGAUAAGAGUGGAAAAAUAACAAGGGAAGAAUUAGCAAACUUAUUUGGUUUGACGUCAAUAAGUGAAAAAUUGUGGAAUGACGUUCUUGAGGAAGCCGAUAAAAAUAAGGACAGUAUGAUUGACUUUGAAGAGUUCGUGAGUAUGAUGCACAAAAUUUGUGAUGAUAAUAAAUCGUCAUAA